AAUGCUAUAAUUUAAGAAUUAUGAGUCUUAAAUUCAAGACAAUCUCCAAAAAGAAAAGAUCAUUUUUGAUACAAUAUAAUUAAGAAAUCAUGAAGGAAAUCAAUAUAUUAAACCUGUAAUAUAUAACUUGAAAUUUAGGUGGUCACCAAAAAGUGUAUUCAUUCGAAAGGAUGCUUUGAAUUAGAUGAAAUUAAGAAAUAACUUGAAACCAAUUAAUUAUUUACUUGUGCAGAGUGUAGUUAAAAUGCUUAAUAAUAUUCGGAUCUAAUGUGGGAUAUUCGAUAUUAUGCUAAUUAAGAAUUUCAUGAUUCAGUUGAUGAAAUUCAUAUCAUCUAAGGAUUUAUGGUCAACAAAUAUUAGAGAAAUAAAAAAUAUUUAGAUUUACUCACAAAAGAUGAUGUAAAAGAACAUUUUGUGACAUUAAUACAACAAAAUUUUGAAACAAAUUCAUUUCUAAAAUCUCUUAUUGAUAAGAAAUAAAGUGGAUAAUAAGAAUUAUAUGCAAUUUGUCUUUUAGAUUUUGUGAAAAUUAUAAUUCCUGUAAGGAUUUAAGGAUGCUAACAUUUAGAAUGCUAUGAAUUCACAAGUUUAUUAUAUUAUUAAUAAAAUAAAAAGUAAAGUGAAAACUCCUUCAGAUGUACUUAUCCAGAAUGUAAUUAGAGAUUAGAUAUUUCUAGUUUAAAUUCAUUUUUUUAUGGAAUUUUUAUCGAUUAAUUACUCCUAAAAGAAAUUAAAUAAAAAAAUCCAGUUACAAUUAUAUUCAAUAUUAAUAAAUAAACUAAAACCUUUGAAUAGAAAAUAUACUUUCCUUUAGAUCAAAGUUUAAAUUCAUACUCUUAAAAAUUCAAUAAAUAGAUGACAAAAUAAUAAGAAUUAGAUAUUAGCACUAAUCUUGAUAAAGUUAUUUUAUAAAUAAUUCAAACUAAUUUAUUACUUGAAAAACAAGAUUUAAAGUCAAGCUUAUUAGAAAGUACAUCAGAAUUAUAUAUAAUUGAUUAAUUUACUAAAUUACCUGUUGAGUUACCAACAAGAUGUAUUAAUUGCAAAGACUUAAAUAAAUCAAUUGAUUUAUUAACUUAUAUAUUUGACUUUCUUUAUUAAAAGCUAAUGAAAAAUUAAUAAAAAUACUCAUGUCCUUUGUGCAAUUCACCUUAAAAUGAAAUUAUGGUAAAAAUAAAACUUAACCAAUACAUAUAUAUUGACUAAUUUUUAUUAUUAAAAUUGAUAAAAAGUAAAAAUGAUAAAUAUGAAUAAUAAAAUUUGAAUAUACUUUCUCAAAAUUUAUAAAAAUCGAAUAAUGUUGGUAAUUAAUUAAUUAAUAAUCAAACUCUACAUUCAACAGAAAAUAGUUAAUAAAUUAGUUCAACAAUUAUUAAUCAAUCACUUAAGGAUAUGAUUUAUGAUAGAUUCUCAUUAUUGAAUACAAACUAAUCAAAAGCUAGAUAUCGAAAUCCAGUAAGAUUCAUAUAUAAAUUAGGCUUUAACCAAAAAUUGCUUGCAUAGAAGUGUUUGCUUCGAAAAGGAAGAAGCUCUGUAGUAUAUUUUAUAAAACAAAUUUUAUGAAUGCCCACAUUGUCAUUAAGAAGCAAAGAGUCUAGCUGAUUUAGUUGAAGAUUGGAGAGUUUAAGCAUAUAAAGAAUUUAAUAUAAUCGUUGAAGAUGUAACAAUAAUCAAAGGAAUUGUGGUGAAUAAAUACAUAAGAAAUAAAAAAAAAUAUUUGGAUUUUUUCGUGAUAGAAGAAUAUGCAAGAUAAUUUCAAGAUAUGUUCUAGAGAUUUACUCAUGAUUUCUCAAUUAAUUCAAUGAUUUAAAAAGAAUUAGUUUCAUAGAAAUCUAACAAUUAAACUAAAAUCAAUUUUUGGUGCUUUUGUUUGUUGGAUAAAGUUAAAAUAAAUAUCCCUGUGAGAAUAUUGGGAUGUAAACAUUAUGAAUGUUAUGAAUUAACGAGUUUAUUUUUCUUUUAAGAGUAAAAUAGAAAAUAAUAAGAAUUCUUAAAUUGCAAACAACCUGGAUGUUCAAAUCGAUUAAAAAUUGCUCACAUAGAUUAUACUAAGUAACCAGAUACUCCAAAAACUUCUUAAAAAGAGGAAUAAGAGAGAUAAGAUAAAAUAAAUGAUAUCAUAACAUUAUUUUCAGGUAUCUCUGUAGAUUUGGAUUUAUUAAAUGCAAUAAAAUUAAGUAAUCCGAGCUCAUACAAAUUUUAUUAUAAUUAAGACACUGGAAAAAUUUAAGAAGACAUAAAUAUAGAGAAUGGCAAAUAUGUUGAUCCAGUCAUUAAAGCAGUAUAUGACUAGCAUCCAGAUUUCCAUUUCAAAAUUACUUUUGAAGAAUUCUAAAAAUUAAUAUAACAAUAGGCAAUGUCAGUAAGUCAAGGAGAUCUCUUAUAAGAUGAUAAACAAUUAGGCAAGAAAAUAUCUCUAUAUAAAUACAGAAAUUAUAAAGUAAAAAUGCAAGACCAACUCACAAAACUUACAAUUGAAUAUCCAGUACGAUGUAAAUUAUGUACAGAUCUAUAGGUUUGUAUGGAUAUGAGAAGUUAUAUUGCAGAUUUUAAUUAUUAAAAAAAAGUAAAUCCAACAAAAAUUUAUAGUUGUCCAUUAUGUAAAAAACCUUAAAAUAAGCCGAUGAUUCAAACUUAAAUUUAAAAUUACAUAUAUUUAGAUACAAAUAUGCUUUCAUAUAUGUUUAAAGACAUGUCUUACACUAAUGGAACAAAUAUUUUUGAA